AUGGCUACUCUUGCAGAACAGCGAGUGCCUACCACGGACGACCGGGACAAGAGAAAGUGCGACGACUUCACGAGUCUCUACAACAUGGACCCCAGCACGAGCGCACGUGCACUCUCAGACCCCACAGGCCACGAAGGAGCGUUCAAGAAGCUAAAGACGGAGGGCAACUCCCCGGGCCUCUCGCCUCUAUCAUCUACACCGCUGUCGUCGUCGACGUCGUCUAGCGUCAACUCCAUACUGGGGUCGUGUUCCACCCCCAACAACAACCCGUCGACGACGACGUGCCCCACACCGGCCAGGAGACGUCACCGCACGACGUUCACGCAGGAGCAGCUUCGCGAGCUGGAGACGGCGUUCUCCAAGAGUCACUACCCAGACAUCUACUGUAGGGAGGAACUGGCUCGAGUUACCAAGCUCAACGAAGCUAGGAUACAGGUCUGGUUUCAAAAUCGACGAGCUAAAUACCGGAAACAGGAGAAGCAGCUGGCCAAGUCACUUUCCCCUGUGAUCCCGACAUGCAACGGCAUGAUGCGGAACAUCUACCCAACGAACACCCGACCCUACGCCUACCCGUCGCCAGGCAACAUGAACAUGAACAUGAACAUGAACUCGAUGGCGCGCUACCCUCAGAUGAACAGCUCGUAUUCCCCGGCCAUGGCGCAGUUCUCCAGCAUGGGCUCCAUGCAGGCCUCCAACAUGGCGAUGGCCAUGCCGAGACAGGUGCAACAGUUCCCCAUGACCGCGGACUAUAACUUACAGGAAACACCGGAAGACGAUUGGUACAACAAGAGUCUGACUGCACUGCGCAUGAACAACGCCCAUCCAGGAUCUCUGUCAAAUUCUGUACUCCAGUACCAGACGCAAGUCUAGUGGACAAACUCGAUUCAUUUCUCAAAAAGACUGCUUGUGCCAAACGUAACACAGUGCUCAUCACAUCAAGUAAAGUUUGGCUCUGGGAGCCGUUUUAAAAAUUAGCAUA